AUGUCCUCAACACAGCCUUUGCAAGGUUCGGAUUCUUUGGACCUGGAGCAAUUUAUGAUGGAGAAUUGUCACCAGGCGCACAAUGGCUCACUAGCUACCCCGCCACAAGGAGAUGUAAUUGGCAAUCCUCAAUUCGCGGACUUUUCGUUUGCUUACCACGGCUCCUCGGAGAAUGGGCUGCCAGGAGAUCUGACGCUGGACAACACUGAUCCUUUUGCCCUCUCUGGGCCCGAUUCUACCUCGGGGCAAAGGUUUUCGACGACAUCCAUCCACUGUGACCACCAGGGUUCUGUUUCUUCUCUCCCUGAGGAUUUGCGAGGAUCCAUAACAUCUAUGCCGGCAGCACUUCGCACUACUUUGAGCAACGGUGCUCUUGGACGGGCGGGCAACGCCAGUAUCAGCGAUGCUUCGGAUGAAGCGAGCCCCGGGAGCAAUCGAGCCGGAGUUUUAUUGGAUGGCACAUUCAAUGAGGAGUUUGGGCUCGGCAGCGCGGCCAUGGAUGGGAGUGAUUUGGGAAGUAGGUCCAAGGAGGACAAAAAUGACCCAAAUCCACCAUGGAGUGAGUUGAAGACGAAGGCAGGUAAAGAGCGGAAACGGCUGCCUUUGGCGUGUAUAGCAUGCCGUCGAAAGAAGAUACGUUGCUCAGGAGAGAAACCGGCGUGCAAGCAUUGCCUCCGGUCCCGUAUACCCUGCGUUUACAAGGUCACUACUCGAAAAGCUGCGCCACGGACGGAUUACAUGGCAAUGCUUGACAAGAGGCUGAAGAGGAUGGAAGACAGAAUUAUCAAAAUUAUACCAAAAGAAGAACAAGACGGUACGGCUGCAGCUGUGACCCGGGCUGUUGUUAAGCCAGGCAUCCCGGGCGCGACUCCAGCCAAGAAUCCGAACAGCAAAAAGCGACUUGCUGAUGAGGCUUUUGCACAAGAGUUGGACCAUUGGUCUAAAUCAGUCCCGAACUCAAAUACAGAUGGCGUCGGAUCGAAACCAAUGCCAUUGAUGAUUCAGGAAGCCGAGGAGAAUCGGCUACUAACUGAAGGCGCCGAAGCCUUGCCUUCAAAAGAGCUACAGGAACACCUCUCCGAAAUCUUCUUCGAAAACGUUAACGGGCAGACAUAUCACUUACUGCACAAGCCAAGCUUCAUGAGAAAGCUACGGGCGGGUACAGUACCGCCUGUUUUGAUUCUGGCCGUUUGUGCCAUUUCCGCCCGCUUCUCAACACAUCCAAAGCUCGCGACAUACCCUGCUUUCCUAAGGGGUGAAGAAUGGGCUGCCCCGGCUCGCAGCAUAGUUGUGAGACGGUACGAGUGGCCCAAUAUCACUAUCUUGACAUGUCUUUUGAUUUUGGGUCUCCAUGAAUUCGGAACAUGUCAAGGCGGAAGAAGUUGGUCUCUUGGAGGUCAAGCGAUCCGCAUGGCCUACGCAUUGCAAUUGCACCUUGAUCUUGACUACGAUCCACACAAGCUGGGCGGUACGGCGGAGCUGAGCUUCAUCGAUCGCGAAAUAAGGCGGCGAACCAUGUGGUCCUGCUUUCUCAUGGAUCGCUUCAAUUCUUCCGGGACGGAUCGGCCUAUAUUUAUCAAAGAAUCAUCGAUCAAAGUCCAACUCCCUAUCAAAGAAAAGUAUUUUCAGCUUGACAUGCCAGGACCAACCCAGAAUCUUCAAGGUGACGUGCCGCAUCCAAUAUCAGCUGGCGAAGGUCAGCUCUCCGAUGCAGAGGAGAACAUGGGCGUUGCAGCGUACAUGAUCAGGUCUAUUGCCUUAUGGGGUCACAUUGUCAAUUACCUCAAUCUGGGUGGGAAAGACCAAGACCCACAUCCCAUGUGGCAUCCAGAUUCCAACUACUCUCGCCUCGUGAAGCAGACAGAAGCAUUUGAAUCGACACUUCCAGAGUCCCUGAAAUAUACCCCCGAGAGCCUCCAUACGCAUGAGACAGAGGCCCUAGCUAACCAAUUUCUUUUCCUUCAUAUAUCAGUACAGCAAAACAUUCUGUUCAUGAAUCGGUUUGCUGUCCCUGUUCAGCCUGGAGGUCGGCCCCCACCAGAUGUUCCGAAAGAUUUUGUUGCAAAGGCUGGCACGAAAGCUUUUGAAGCAGCCAACAGAAUCACCAGGCUAUUACAGGAUGGGGAAUUUCACUUUAUUACGGCGCCGUUUACUGGUUAUUGCGCGUUCCUUUCGAGUACUGUGCACGUAUUUGGAUCAUUUUCAAACAAUCCUGCCAUGGAGGCUGCGUCGAAGAAAAGCCUUGCCAUUAAUAUUCGAUAUUUGACAAAGAUGAAGAAAUACUGGGGUAUGUUCCAUUGGAUGGCCGAGAAUCUCAAGCAGCAGUAUAGAGUCUGUGCCGACGCCCGAAGUCAAGGCCCAUCUGCAAACACCUCGUCCCAGUCACCAAGCAUUUUCCAGUACGGAGACUGGUUCGAUCGUUAUCCUCAUGGCGUAUCACAAUCAGACUUCGAGGAUCCUGCAAGCGGGAUAAAGAAGGAGAAGGGAGGUGAUGCUGUUUUAGGAGAGAAGUCGGGCCUGCACACCGUGGAACAGUUCUUCGAUACCCUCGAGUCUCCCAAGGCUCCACAGGAUCGUGAAGCUUUCAGGCACUCGAAACGUAAGAUCAGGAAGAGCCAGGCUGGUCGACAGGACCAAGUCCCAACCGUCAAUACCGAUAUCUCUGGCUUGGGACCGGGCAAUAUGCAGAUGCAGCAGAAUACACGCCAAGUACCUCCGAUCUAUCAUCAGAUGAGCCCAACGACGCCUGUAAAUAUGUACAAUUCGCAGCAAAGCUACUAUGGGCACGAAGUCAUGCUGCCACCACACCAGCAAGGGAUUCUACCACAACUUGAUCGUCAGCUUGUUUUCGGUGCCUAUGCCAAUAUGGAUCCUGCAUCUCAGGGCAUGCUUGAUAGCCAAGGCUGGGAAAUGCAAAUGGGUGGCGGGAUAUCAGGUUUCACAACGGAGCCAACAAGUGCUUGGUUUAUGCCAUUCAAUAUGGAACCCCCAGAUCUCGGGCAUGAGCAGGAUGUUUUCAACACCAUAGGAGGCGCUUACGGUAUGGGUGGAAUGAUUGAUCAUGAUGGAAAUAUGGGGGGUCACAGCGGUGGCUAG